AUGCCAGACUAUUUCUUUCACGUGGCUAUUGAACUAUUUACUGAGUCGUCGUUUAAUCCCAGGCAGACUGAAGACCAGACUCCUCCGAGCGUGUUGCCUUUCUUCAAGGCGCUGAGACCUUUUCGAAGUACCCCAGGGCGACGUCAAUCGAGGGACCAUUCGUUCGACCAGAGAAGAGAAACACCUCAGAGUAGUGGUCGUAUUCAGCCCCCGGCGAAGCCUGAACAACCGCACCUUGAGAUCCCGCAUUCUGAUUCCAAAGACCACCGGUUGGAUAACAUUGUCCUCGAAGGCGCAGACAUGUCGGCCAAAUCUGAAGGCGGAGUGGCCAUGGCUAAAGAGGAGAACAUAAUCGAAAAAGGCAUUGGAAGUGCAAUAUCUGGACAUCACAUGAAGGGCAGGUUCGAGGCUUUACCACGUCACGACGGAGCGGAGGGCUGGGGUAUUGUGCACCUCUACAGGGAUUCUGAAGAGACGGCAGGAUUGUACAAGGACUCGGCAUACAGGUCUAGUGAUCUCUGGAGCGAUGGGGUGCGCACCUCAGCAUCAGCGAAGCCUCAUCCUCCUCCGAAGGAUGAAGAGUGUACGACGCUCUGUAUAUUGGCCGUUCCCUCCUAUAUGACUCCUUCAGACUUCCUAUCCUGGGUUGGUGAGAGCACAAGAAACGAAGUCAGCCACUUCAGGAUGGUGCGGACGUCUAGAGCGAACCGAUAUAUGGUUUUGAUGAAAUUCAAGAACGGGAAACGGGCAAGAGAGUGGCAAUACGAGUGGAAUGGAAAGGUCUUCAAUAGCAUGGAGCCAGAAACAUGCCAUGUCGUCUUUCUCAGGUCCGUGGAACUGAUUCAGACUUCAUCACUGGAACAGAGCAGUGGACUGAGCUCACCUUCAACAAGCUAUCCUCGCAUGUCCGACGAUCCUUUCAUUCCAACCUCAACGACCACCAAACCUCUAGCUCCUCGGACGCCCUCUCUCGUUGAACUCCCCACUUGCCCUGUUUGCCUUGAGAGAAUGGAUGAAACUACCGGCUUACUGACAAUACCCUGUCAACAUGUCUUCCACUGUACAUGUCUCGAGAAAUGGAGUGGCGGUGGAUGUCCUGUUUGUCGGUACACCCACGAUGACUUCUCUUCACGGCUCACGCUGUCCAAGUCCAAGAGCAAGACCUCUGCUGGAGAAUACGAAGCCUAUGACGGACCGCUGGAGUGCGAAGUCUGUCAUGCCGACACAAGCUUGUGGCAAUGCUUGAUAUGCGGCAAAGUCGGUUGUGGCAGGUAUGAAGGCAAACACGCCUAUGCACAUUUCGAAGAGACUGGCCACACAUUCAGCAUGGAACUGGAGAGCAAGAGAGUUUGGGAUUACAUUGGUGAUGCUUACGUACAUCGCAUCAUCCAAGACGCUGCGCAACCGGGUGAAAAGCUAGUUGAGCUACCAGGCCGACGGCGUGAACCCACUGCUCUUCAAGGGCAGGAGGAUAUUGAGAUGGCCAAGUUGGACAACAUUGCUUUGGAGUAUACCCAUCUGCUCACCAGUCAACUGGAAAGCCAAAGAACCUAUUUCGAAGAGGUGGUGCAGCGAGCUGUUGACAAGGCGUCCGUUGCUAUGAAGCAAGCUGAGCGUGCGGUGGAAGAGAGUCGAUUAGCCACUGAGAGACUCCAGGCUCUCGAGAGCGAACAUGACGUUGUUGCUAAAGGGCUUGUGCCAGACCUUGAGAAAGAAAAGGCACGUCUUGAAAAGCGCAGCACCAAGUUCGAGGAGAUGGCCCGCAACAUGAGCCAGAAGUUCCAAGAAGAACAAGCGAUCUCAAGAUCGCUGAUGGAGCGUAUGGAGCACCAACAAACCUUCCAGACGAAGGAGAUCCAGACACUGAAGGAGACGAUACAGCGACUGGAAGAAGAAAAUGCCACCAAGGAUCUCUUGAUGGAAGGGCUGAGAGAGGAACAUCGUGAUGCCAUGAUGCAGAUCUCUGCCCAGCGGAAGCUACAGGAGAUGGUGGCGAAGGGGGAAUUAGAACCAGAAGACCUUGAAGGUGCGGUCAUAGAGGCUGGGCCAGCAGCGGUGAAGAAGACCAUACCUGUGAGAGGACGGCGGAGGCCAGCCAAUACGUCAAGCAACGGUCCUAGGCCAUCAAGUCAGCCGGGUGCAAGCACCUCAACUGCACCACCACCUCCCUUCCGCGAUGAGCUUGAAAAAGCAAACACUUCCCUUUUGAACACCAUCUUCGGCUCUACUUCUCACGGCAAGGACUGGGAUGACGACAAAGUCAAGGAGAUCCUCAGCGGGUGCCGAGCCAAAUUGAUUGGUGAAGGGCUUCUUGUUCCAUCCACUACCACGCCACCAGCUACGCAGAUCGACACUGAAGGCAGUAGUGGUGCCGAGCUUGAUGGUGAGCCGACUGGUGGAGGCAAGGCAAUGGCCCCAGCAAGGAAGAAGAGAGGCGGCAAGAGAGCGGGCAGGAGGUGA